AUGACUCUGAUGAUUUUUUUUGUCAUGUUGAUCAUGGAAUCUGCCGCUGAGAAGCUGUGUCCCCUUCGUGCCUCCAUUGAUGUUUUAGAAGGGGAAUAUUUUUUCCUUUGUUAUCUUGAGUCAAGGCAAGAACAUUUUCAGGAAGAAGCAUACACAAUAAACUGGUACAAAGAAAGUGCUGGAAAGCAGCAAUUGAUAAAGGAAACACACAGAAUUGUUUCACAAAUGAAUUUUCUGGAGUUUUGGCCAACUGAACUCAGUGACUCUGGGAAUUACUCUGUCAUUCACAGCAAUGGAGAACAAAAUUUCACAAUUCAAAAAUGGACAUUGAAUGUACUUGAAAGAAAUAAAAGCAGCUGUUUCAAUGAAAAUCAUUUAACUACAGAAAUUAAAAGUGCUGGAACUGGUCAUUCACUGAAAUGCAGCGAUUUGUCUGUCUAUGAAAAUGACAGCAUAACAUGGUAUAAGGACUGUAAGAAUUAUGAACAUGAAACAGAGAGGGAACUAAAUUUUAGAACCUUAACAGUACAAAACUCUGGGAUAUAUACCUGUAAAAUUUUAAUCAGUCAUGAAGGAACGAUAUACCACAGCACAAAUACAAUUAAACUUGUCGUAGAAGAAGAUGCACCGGAGGCUUUCACUUUGGAGAUAGUUGGACGUCAUGAAGUGAUUGAAACAGAAAUAGGUAAAGAAGAGAUACUCAAUUGUACAGGUUUCUUGGGUUAUUAUAUGCAAGAAGAUGCCAGCCUCUACUGGUUAAUUAACCAAACAUUUCCAGUACAAUGCACAGGUAUCCCUGAGAAUGAACCUUCAAUAUGUGAAGAAGAACUCAAAAAACUACAGUUGGGAAACAAGUUCUAUAUCACAAGGCUACUACGAAUUAAAAGCAUAAGAGAUGAGGACAUGCAUCAUAAUUUCACCUGCAUGUUGCAAGCUGAUGAAACCACACAGAUAAAAAUUGUAAAACUAAAGAAAGGGAAGAUUCAAGACUUGCCAGUGCAUGUAUUUACCACUGGAAUGGUCCUUGCUCUGCUAUUUCCAUUUGUUGCUGUAGCUGCAGUGUUUGUGUUUGUGAUGUUUAGGGUUGACUUCGUUCUGUUUUACAGAAAUAUAUGCAGGAGAGAUGAUACUGCUGGAGAUGGAAAAGAAUAUGAUGCAUUUGUGUCUUAUCUGAAAGACUGUGUUUCUCCUACUGAAGAAGAGAGAGAAUUUGCUUUGAAGAUAUUGCCCAUGAUAUUAGAAGAAAACUUUGGGUACAAGUUAUGUAUAUUUGAGAGGGAUGUAUUCCCUGGAGGAGCGUUUGUUGAUGAUAUCCAUUCAUUCAUUGAUAAAAGCAGAAGAUUAAUCAUUAUACUGAGCCAGAACUACGUUUCUGACAGAGCCAUAUAUGAACUUCAGAGUGGAUUGCAUAAAGCUCUAGUUGAAAGAAAAACUAAGAUCAUAUUAAUUGAAUAUAUGCCUAUAAGUGACUACAAUUUCUUGCCAGAAUCACUGUCACUUUUACCAUCAAAAAGGAUGGUUAAAUGGAAAAAGGAUAAAUCCCUUCCCGUGAAUUCCAGAUUUUGGAAGAACCUUCGGUACCUGUUGCCAGCAAAGCCUAUCAAGACAAAGACCAAAGGGCACUAUAGUAAUCUUGACUUAGGCUCAGAAGCUUCUCAACCCUGGACUGAGGGCUGUGACUUUAAUGCAAUCGUAUAACAAUUCUGGAGACAGAAGAUGUAGCAGAAAACUGUGUGUUUUGCUAACUAAUAGAACUAAAUGAACUAAUAUUUUGAGAAAUAGUUGAUUAAGAGUCCAGCUCUGAGAUCUGAGAAGAAUGCAGAAGUUACUGCAGUGGCCAGGAUGAUGUUAACCCCAAUUAAUAAAUCCCAUCCCAGAGAAGGUUUCCUCAGCAAUCUGCAGAAGGUGCAGAAGUUUCAUUCUGCUUAGGACUUACCACAUGGCAUAAAGCACAAUAAAAAACAUUUUUAUUUCAUGAUUUUCAGUGAUGUUGAAUGAUGCUAUUUUUA